GUCUGUCUACUUGUUCUAUUACCUGUCAUUAUCAAUUUUCCAGUAUCCCGUUAAUUGACAUUCACAGUCUUUCACUGUGCUCAACUACGUUGUUUACUUCUGGCCUUGGUGAUAGUCAGCAUGACCGCCGUAGCUAAGCGACGUCUUCAGGCGCUCAGCCAGCAGUUAGUUGAGGGUAUCCCUGAUGAAGGCACAUUUGAGGAUAUUCCAAGAAUUCGCCACGUGGCUGGUGACUCUGUUGGACCGAGGCUGAAGGACAAGGUGGUUAUCGUGACUGGAGUUAACUCCCCCAUUGGUAUUGGCCGUGCGAGCGCGCAUCAGUUCGCCCAUAAUGGUGCAAAGGCCGUUUACAUCUGCGAUUACGACGCUUCCCACUUGGACACGCACAAGAGGGAAAUCGAAUCACUGUAUCCAGGUGUUGACGUCCACGUGCGGCAGUUCGACGCUGGCGAUGAAGCCUCGGUGAAGGCCGCUGUCGACGAGGCGAUCGCACAAUAUGGCCGGUUGGACGUCAUGUUCGCCAACGCAGGUAUCGUUGGUCAGCCAAAGGUCUUCACGGAGAUUACGGGAGAUGAAUUUUUGGAUACGCUCAGGACGAAUACGGUAGGUGUAUUCUUGGCCGCCAAAUAUGCCGCCAAAGCCAUGCAAAUCACUUCUUCGUCGAAGCCUUAUCCGUCCGGUUCAAUUGUCGCGACAUCUUCAGUAGCCGGUCUUCGUUCCAAUGCGGGCUCCACGGAUUAUUCCGCAUCCAAGGCUGCUGUUGUUUCCAUUGCGCAGACAUGUGCGUACCAACUGACUGGCACCGGUGUUCGUAUCAACGCCAUCUGUCCCGGAGUCAUCGAAACGGGAAUGACGAAGGCCAUGUAUGAUGCUGCGCGAGCCAAAGGAACCCAACGCAAGAUUGGCCAGCUGAACCCGCUACAACGAGGAGCAGUGGCAGAUGAAGUGGCCCGCGUGGCCCUGUUCCUCGCCAGCGACGAAAGCAGCUAUGUAAACGGACAGGCAUGGGCAGUCUGUGGUGGUCUAAGUGCGGGACAUCCGAUGGUCCCAGGCAAGUUGGCAUGACGUGCCUCACCAGAAUUCAUAGUUUGUAUAUCUCGAGAAAAUAAACACAGGAUUAGCAAUUCGCUUUACGAUGCAUCAAGGAAAACAUUACACCGAGGGAACCGAUCUCUCACACCUUUUUCAGCGCAAUUGAAAAUUCGUUUAUCCAAUUCCUCCAUCAUAAUAAUACGACGAAGGUAUCUGAGGAAACUGCUAUACUCAUCAGAUGUUAUGUGGCGUCUGAGGGUUCCACGAAACCACACUCUCGUUCCCCGGUACGGCCGUUUAAGUACC